AUGGGCCCCUGUACCGCCUCCCCAUGCUGCUGCCAGGCCCGUAAUCUGCCAUGGGCCCCCCCGUACCAACUCCUCAUGCUGCUGCCAGGCCCGUAAUCUGUCAUGGGCCCCUGUACCGCCUCCUCAUGCUGCUGCCAGGUCCAGAGUGUGUCAUGGGUCCCUGUACGGCCUCCCAUUGCUGCUGUCUCCAUCGCCACACUCUGCCAUGUGCCACUUUCAGGUCUCCUCACACUGCUGGUGGUUUCCAUUUUUGUCAUAGGGUGCUGUAUGGCCUCCCAUUGCUGCUGCCUCCACCGCCACACUGUGGCUCCACACUCUGGUUUUGGCCCCGUGACUGCCCAAAUGAGUGAAAUGUGCAGUGAUUCUAAGAUCGACGGCACUCAUCUGCAUGUCAUACUGACUGUCAGUAUUAUUUCUCUUCCCCAGCAGACUCCAAGGGCAUUUAAAUUAAAGGUACAGUGUUCUGCACUAAUAUAA